UACACUGAGAGAGUUUACCCAGAAUAUGGAGCAGACCAGCAUCAACAGCAUCAGUGGCAACAUGUGUAGCUGUUGUGGCUGCGCCCAGGCCUACAAUUGAAGCUCUGGCCAUGGCUCGGAGCCGCAGCCCAAUUGGCCUUGAUGUGAGGCGAGAGAGCCAGGCGGCCAUGGCGUCAGCGCUUUUGUGGCCUGGCCAGUAGCCCAAGAAAGCGGCGACUGACAUGGCUGGGCACCGGUCUCCCUCCAAUGAACAACGAUUUGGAGAAGCGUAUAUCGGAUGCCUUCUGUGUGUUCGACCAUCACGGGGACAAGUUCAUUGAUGUGCGCGAGGUGGGCACCGUUCUGCGGCUGCUGGGCUGUGUGCCCACCGAGGAGGAGGUGAACGAGGUCAUCUCGGCCACCGAGUCGGAGGAGACCAGCGGCGAGGUGCAUUUGACCAAAUUUCUGCCGCAUGUCUCGCAGCUGCUAAUGGAACGCAAAGAUCUUUCAUUUACUUGCAGAAUGGAACCUGCACCGCCGGAGAAAAUCCUGCAGGCCUUCAAGAUGCUGGAUCCCGAGAACAAGGGCUACCUCACCAAGGAGACCUUUGGCAAGCUGAUGAUGGAGGAGGGUGAACCGUUCACCCAAGAGGAAAUGGAUGAAAUGUGGCCGGUGGCCAUCGAUCCCAUUAGCGGCCACAUACCCUACGAGUUCUACUUGAAUCAGCUAAUGGUUUAUCUGUAAAUCCUACCAAAUGGUAUCCACUGAUGAUGGCAAGGGACUGGCUCUGGGAAAAAUCUCUAAAUAAAACACCGACA